GUGUUUCUAUAAAGCGUUUAAGCAAUUGAUUAUUAAAAUUAAUUAAUAAAAUUAAAAGAUCAUUGGGAGACGUUGGUAGUAUCAUUUGAAAUAUAACCUACUCUUCAAACAUGAGCGAUAAUGAUAACGAAAAUGACAGUGAUGAUGUAUUUGAUCCAUCACUUAGCGAUUCCGAUCAACGUGAAGUUAUAAUAAUAGAGAGAUUGCACUUUUCACCAAUAAUUUCAAGUGAUUCAGAAGAUUCUAUUGAUUCUAUUGAUGAACAAGAUAUACAAGUCAUUAAUUUGGAAACCAACAAUGAUUCCGAUGAAGAAAUGGUCGACUAUAAUAGAGAUUUGCCAGGAGAACAUACAUAUUUGGGAACAGAUAUGCUGCCUGUAUCUGGAUGCUUGGUAUUAGAGCAAAAUUCAGUAUAUGAACUACCGUUAUUAGCUCAUCACUCCCUAAUUUUUCCAAAUCAAAUUUUGCCAAUGAUGCCCCAUAUAAUGCAUGCUUCUAGACUUUCUAAAGAAAUAGAAGGCAGUCAUGUCUUUGGUCUUGUUUGUCCUAAUGAGACAGGCAAAGAAAUGUUUGAAUAUGGUAUCAUAUGUGAAAUUUUUGAAAAAGAGCCCGAUCAUGACACGGAUAUAGUCAGAGUUAAAGCACGAGGGAGGCAAAGAUUUAGAGUUUUAGGACCAAUGAAAGGAUUAAGAGAUUAUCUUAGCAUUGUUUCACAACAAGUAAUGAUUCUACCUGAAUAUGCUUUAACUGAUCCUUUAUCAUGUGCACACUUAAGCAGUUUGGAUAAAUAUAGACUUCAAGUUUCAAGCAAAAAUAUGUCUGCAGCGGCAAAAAAGAGACAUACUUAUUUAACAUGUUGGCCCAUGUUUGUUUUUAAUCAGUAUGAUUUGGGUGAUAUAGUUGAAAAAAUUAGAAAAUACUUUAGGCAGCUUAAUAUAGAUAGUUUUCCAAAUGAUCCAAUAGCUUUAUCUUUCUGGGUGGCACACAAUCUGCAGUUGGACACUGCUACAAGAUUGCUUCUUUUUAAACUAGACUCAGCUUUGCACAGGCUCCAAAUCGAAUUGAAAUAUUUAGAAAAAAGUGAUAGUCUUUGUUGUAAAAAUUGUCAAAGUAAGAUUGCAAAAACUUCUGAUCUGUUUGCGAUGUCAAAUGACGGUAUUCAAUCACAUUACUGCAAUCCAGAAGGAUGGAUACAUGAGACAUUUACUGUGAUGCGUGCAAGUGAGGUGAGAUUACAUGGACACAAAUCUACUCGGGCUAGCUGGUUUCCAGGAUAUGCUUGGACCAUUGCGCUGUGCAAGUCUUGCAAUCAACAUGUUGGGUGGCAGUUCACAGCCACUGAAAAGAAUUUGAGACCAUCUAAGUUUUGGGGCUUAUGCAGAACUAGUAUCACUCAAAAAAUUUGUAUGGAAGAUGACAUAUAA